GGGAUCCCUUCCCUCUCCCCAGUUCUCACUUUAUCAAGACGGACAUGGCGGCUCAUAGCUCCACCCUUCCCGCUUUACGUACUGACGGUGUUCGGAUAGAGCUUGUGGACCCGAGAAAUGCGGCAAGCUAUGAAGCUGGGUUGGCAGAGCUUCUGAUUGACUGUGUGGAUGGGGGUUCCAGCGUAGGCUUUCUGGCGGGCUUGACGCAUCAUGCAGCAGUAGAUUGGUGGCAUAAGCAAUUGCAAAAUCCAAAUAUACUUACCUGGGUGGCCGUGAAUAGUGAGGGACAAAUUCUUGGCACUGUUGGCCUCGCCCUUGCGCCGCAAGCCAAUGGCAGGCAUCGCGCUGAAGUUUGCAAGUUGUUGGUUCAUCGGAAUGGACGCGGUCACGGAUAUGCUUCGGCUCUCAUGUCUGCUUUAGAAGAAGAAGCCCGGAAACGAUGCCGAACCGUGCUUGUUCUUGACACUGUAACCGGCAGUACCGCUGAGCACAUCUAUCUACGGUGGGGUUGGCAGCGCGUCGGUGUCAUUGAGGAUUUUGCUGCUCUUCCUGAUGGCCGUCUGUGGGCGACGACUGUAUUUACCAAGAAGCUGUGAUGACAAGUUAUAUAGUAAUUGGUCUGCAUAGAUAGUUUCAUCGUUGGUCCCCUAUAGAUAUUGCAGAUUUCAAGAGAAUGACUUCUGAUCAA